AUGGGCAAGAAAAAAGGCUGCUUAAAAUUGAUGGAAGAUGAGAACCCAGAAAUGUUUCUUGUGCAUUGUGUUAUUCAUAGAGAGAACUUAGUAUCCAAAAAUAUGUCUCCUGUUCUCAAUGAGGUACUAAAAUCAGUUAUAAAAUGUAUCAAUGCCAUCAAAGCUAAUGUCAAAUGCGAGAGUCUUUUCAAGCAGUUUUGUGAAAAUGCAGACUAUGUGAGACUUUUAUCUCACACUGAGGUAAGGUGGCUCUCAAAGGGGAAUUGCUUGAAAAGAUUUAUGGAACUAUUUGAUGUUCUUAGUGACUUUUUAAGUGACAAGCCUGAAAUGAAGCACCUAACCGUUGAUGGUAAAACAUUUGUGAGUUAUUUAACAGAUGUCUGA